AUGUCAGCCACUGCUUGUAGAAAACCCUGCUGGGUGCUUACUAUAAUCUCUCUCUUGCUCGUCUUAGGACUUGAGCUAGCCUCCCUUGGAGUCGAUAGAUGGUUUGAACAAGGAGCUGACCCAUUUGAUUGGGAAGGCGGCCUACUGAAGCCAACGUCAGAUUCUAAUUACUACACUGACAACAUGAGCUACUCAAACUUUUGGGACGAUUGCAACGACGGCUCCAACCAGAGCAAACAAGGGCUGUCCCCAGGAGAAUGCAAGAUGAUGAAACAUCUUUGGGCUGGGGGCGUUAUUUACAUUCUUUUUGAAACUAUUUCAUUAUUCUGCAUAUUGCAUUACAUUGCAGAGUGCUAAAUAUUUAAGGUCUCUACUCCUGCAGCCGGCAUUCUAUAUAUCUACGUUAGAAGCUGUGUGGUGGCCAAAUUGAAUUGGGUGGAAUUCACCUACUGGUAUCCUUUUUUUCAGGUCAUCCCAAGAAAAUAUCAAUUACUUUAGAAGCUUGAGCAGGUAGGUCGCCAUGCUUCAUUCCAGACCUAACCAGCUUGAGCACUGCUGAAAAAAGGAUUUUCAAAUAGCUGCCCAUUGAACCAGACCACAAAACUGUGGAUAUGUGCUUAGGUCCUUCGCUUUGGAGCAUCAGAUGCUGCUAAGCCCCAAAACAUGCCGGAUAUGCAUGGGUAACUGUUCAUGAAAAGACGAGUUGAAUGCUACUUGCCAUUUUAUGUAUAUCAUUAUUCUGCAUAUGCUUGACCAUUUGGUUCUUGCUAAGAGACCUCUGCAACAAAACUAAAUUCACCUGGCUAGCUGUUCUCUUCGUUUGGUUUGGCCUUGCCUGGCAUUUCUGGGCACUGGUAAUAUGGUCUGGGCUUGCAAAGAUGUUCUGGAGCUAUGCUUGCAACAGACUUGACUGGAACGACCACACUGAGCCAGCUAGAGUUUGUGGGAAAGAAGGCGCUGCCAUUUCUUUAGCUUGCGUUCUUUGGUAUUUUGUUGUCUGUCUAUUUUUCAGCAUCUUCUAUAAACAAAUAAACACGAAUAAAAUGGUAACUUGUCCGACUCACCCUUAUCCCAUAUCCUCGGUAUUUUUGGGUUUAAGAGGGUCAGCCUGUAACUUUGGUUUUUCUCCCUACCGGGUUCCAUGGUAAGGUUUUGUACCCAGAUCCUGAAGAAUAGGGGGGAAAUGCAGACCCAAUAUUUAGGGUGAGGAAUCUGAAUUCAGCGAAGACAGAGAGGAGAAAUAAACCCGAAGACCUAUUUUAACUUUAAUCUAAUCUAUAAACAAAUUAAAGGAUCCGAAGAAGGAAAAACAGACAACGGAGUCACUGACCAAGGAUAUGAUGCAGUCAAAAAAGAUAGUGAACCUCGAGAAAUUGUUGAAGAAGAUGGUAAAAAGCAUAAGAAGCACAAAAAGAAGGAAACUUCUCAAGAAUAA